ACUGUUGCAGUUCCUAGACAACAUCUUUUGUGGUCAGUCGUUUUCUUGCUACUAUAUUCAAAAUGACAAUUAUCAACAGGGAACUUAUCGGUGAGGGAACGCCUAGCGACGCCAACCUCCUGCACCCGAAUAUACCAUUGGGUACCUACCUGGAAACGGUGAUUCAGAAGAAUAUUGCUGAUUACGGAGAUGGAAAAUGGAUUACAGAUGUUUCAACAGGUAAAUCGAUGAGCUACAGUCAAUUGAUGAGCAGUCUCAGGUCAGUGGCUUCAGCAUUACGAAAAAGAGGCCUAAAAACUGGUGACAAUGUAGUUGUUAUCGGUCGCAAUGAUAUUGAACUUCCACUCAUGUCGAUGGCUGUAUGGCGUGCUGGAGGCACCCAGGCCUGUCUCAGUAUCAACUUACCUAGAGAUGCCAUCGAGGCUCGCAUUAAGGAAAUCGGUAGCAAAUUUAUUUUGACAGAUUAUGCUCGAGCUGGUCGAAUCGUCGAAGUUGCUAACCGGCUAGAUUUCGUCAAAGAAGUGUUCGUAAUUGGAGAUGAAGCAGUGUCUGGCUGUACUCAGUUUGAUGAGUUACUGAAAGAUUCGGGAAAUGAAUGCCCGGAAAACCUGAACGAUGUUGACGUUAAUUCGACGGCGUGGUUGGCUUAUACGAGUGGCACAACGGGGACAGCGAAAUGCCUCGUGCUCUCACACAGAACGGUCGUUGGAUGGCUUUUACCCCAUAAUGCUCCCAAAAUGGCAAGUAAAACCAAGAUUCUUUUUGUCAAUAAUAUGAACAACACUGGUGGUCUCAGCACAGCCGUUGGAUCAACAAGAUGCCAUUUUGAACUGUACUGCUUAUCAAACUUUAGCGAAGAGAAUUUGCUGUCAGCAAUUGAUUCUGUUAAGCCUCCAGCAGUCAACAUAUUUCCAGCUCAUAUUGCCUGGAUUUGCAAGUACCCCCAUUUGAAGCAAUAUGAUCUGUCAAGCGUCAAGAUUGUCUCUGUAGUAGGAUCCUUGUUAAACCCCAAGUAUGAACACGAGAUUUUCUACAAGCUUCCAAAUUUGCUCAUACUCAAUAACGUCUAUGGAAUGAGUGAAGUUGGACUGGUAUGUCGUCAACGCCUACCAACUGUGGCUGAAAUGGCUGUGCUGGACAAAUCUAAAGCAAUCACAAGGCAUGUUUUUGGCUCAGUGGGAACAGUACACAUGUUUUGCAAACUAAAGGUGAUUAAUCCAGAUACUGGUGAUAAACUUGGCCCAAAUCAAGUAGGAGAAAUAUGUGUGCAAACUCCAUUUAUGCUCACAGGGUAUCUCAACAAGCCGGAAGAAACAGCCAAUUUCCUUAGAGAAGGAUGGGCUCAUACAGGGGAUAAAGGAUACUAUGAUGAUGAUGAACACGUUUUCAUAGUUGGACGCUACAAAGAACUGAUCAAAUUUCGCAAUCUCAACAUAUUACCAAGUAACAUUGAAAGUCAUAUAGUAAGCCAUCCUGCUGUCGAAGAUGCAGCCGUCGUGGGUUUACCUCACGACGAGGAUGGGGAACGGCCAUUGGCUUUCGUCGUCUUAUCUGCAAGGAAAGAAGUUUCGGCUGAAGAAUUGAUGGCUUAUGUAAACGAUAAAGUUAUGGAUGAAGAAAAAUUACGUGGUGGACUCCGCUUCAUUGAGAAAAUUCCAAGAAAUGAUAUGGGCAAAAUAAUCCGACCGGAACUGAUGAAGAUUUUAAAAUAAGUUUCACCUUUUGGUCUGGCCUCCCUACCUAAUACCAUUUAGCAAUGAAAAAUUUAACUACACGCACUGCAUCGUGUUCUCUGUGUGGUCAAUUUUUUUGGAACAGCUCUAGCAAAAAUCCGAAAAUUAAUCGAACCUAUCUCUCAAGCAUCUAUCUCACUAAUAUGGCUUCUGCGAUUCAUUGUUAGCUUAGUCAUCAAUUGAAAUUUUAUUGUUUUUUCUCCGUUUUGGUUUUGUCUUCAUUAAUUAAAUGGGGUUUCCCUCCAGUUGAGCUGUUU